GAAUGGGGGACAUUAUUUCCCGAGGCUACCGGAUCUUGUCAAUCACCCGUCAACCUGGUCUCACAAGAUGCUGUCACUGAUUCAGAUUUAGAGAAGAACAGUUUAAUGUUUAACUAUUGCAUUAGCAGAGAAACUGAUAUUUUAAACAAUGGUCAUACAUUAGCUGUCUUUCCUAGAGUCAAACAUGUAUUAACAGGAGGUCCUCUACUACCAGAUAACGAAUAUGAACUGGCUGAAAUUAGAUUCCAUUGGGGUCGAGAUAAUACUCGGGGUUCUGAACAUACAGUUAAUGGUAAAGCUUUUCCGAUGGAGGUUCAGAUAGUACACUGGAACGCUACAAAAUAUUCAAGCAUUGAAGAAGCCUUAGGGAGUCCACAUGGUAUUGUUAUAGUUUCCCUUUUUACGCAGAUUGGCAGAGAGCACACUGCUUUAAGAGUGAUCACUGAUAAUUUAGAAGAUGUGUUAUAUAAGGGAAGACAGAAAACAGUGACUUCAGCGUUUAAUCCAACAUGUUUAUUGCCAGAUCCAUUAUUGAGAGAUUACUGGACGUAUGAGGGAUCUGUGACGUCACCUCCAUGUUCUGAAAACGUGCAGUGGAUUUUAUUACGGUACCCGUUAAUGGUAUCUCACGCCCAGAUUGAAGAGUUCCGAAGAUUAAGAACAUUUUCAAAAGGUGACAACCCUAAAACCGGGGACGAUGGUGCAAUGGUGGACAACUUUCGGCCAACGCAACCCUUAAACGAUCGGAAAGUCAAGGCCUCUUUUCAGUAUUGA